AUGUCCUCCUCUGGAUUUGUUGUUGCUGCUACAGCUACAGCUACAACUUCAACUACAGCACCUUCUUCUUCAUCAACUUCAUCAUCAUCACCAUCAUCGUCUUUAUCUUUAUCUUCAUCUUCUAUUUCUAUUAAUCAACCUCCAUCUUUUUUUAAAGAUUCUUCUUCUACUUCAAAACAAUCUCCACCUUUUGCUCCUCGAAAACGUUCUAAAGUAUCUCGAGCUUGUGAUGCUUGUCGUAAAAAAAAGAUUCGAUGUGAUGCUAAUCCAGAUGAUGGACGGCUUCAAUGUUCUUCAUGUAAAAAGGCAGCAGUUGAAUGUUGUUUCUAUCGAGUGCCUCUUAAACGAGGGCCUUCCAAAGGUCAACGUAAAGAUCUUUUAAAUCAACAACAACAACAACAACAACAACAACAACAACAACAACAACAACAACAUCAACAAUCUUCUUCAUCUUCUUCUUCUCCCCCACACAAAAAGUCUUCACCACCACCACCACCACUUCCUCAUUCUAAUAAUAAUUCUCAACAACAACAGCCGCACACUACCAGAUUGAGUCCUCCAGCAAAUUUCCGUAAGCGCUCCUUUUCAAUUACCUGCGCAGCUCUCGCACAUAACAACGUGCCAGCAGAUUCUCAUGCACUUGUCAAUCCACCGCAACAACUCAUCAAUAGUAACAUCAAUAAUAAUAAUAAUAAUAAUAAUAACAUCAACAAUCUCAAUAAUCUCAAUAAUCUCAAUAAUAACAAUCAUAUACAAUCAAUCCAUCAUCAUCCUUCUUCACCUUUAUUACUACCUUCAAUUACUAACUUCUUUAACCUCAAAAGUCCUAAUUCUUCAUCUUCAACAUCAACAUCUUCAAUUUCAUCAACAUCUUCAUCAACCUCUUCUUCAUCUUCAUCAGUUUCUCCUAAACCUCAUGGUCCAAGCCCUUCUUCAAUACCUCAAAUCCAUUUCCAUUCAUUAAAACAUUUUAACUCUCCACAAUCCCUCCGACAGCCGCCGCCACAGCCGCAGCCGCAGCCGCCGUCACUACCGCCGCACCUUCCCCUCCAUGCCUCGGCCAAACCUACCACAAUAACUUCAACAUCAACAUCAACAUCAACAUCAACAUCAACAGCAACAACAGCAACAACAGCAACAACCACCACCGGAAUCACCCAAAGUUGUUCCGAACUCGCCAUACAAAACAACACUCGGAAAAACAUCCAUGAAGCCGCCAUCUCCGUGAUUUCAUCAAACAAUAAUCACAAUAAUUAUAAUAAUUAUAAUAAUAACAACCAUCUCCAUAAUAAAUCCGGCUCCGUUUCUCGCUCAAAUUCGGUCCCCAGCUACCUCCCUUCCACCGAUGAUACAACUAUAACUUCAACUACUUCAACUUCAACUUCAACAUUAUCUAACUUUUCAACAAAUGCCCCUCCACCAACAAAACUCCGAAGACUAGCAAACCCUGCUGAAGCCCUUCUAGCAGCCCACUGGAAUGAUCUCGCUAUAGACUCCUACUACCAAUUAGUCCACCCAGUCUUCCCUAUACUCCCCCCAUCAAAAGUUCGUCUCCAAGCUUGGUUAUAUGCACCUGCCUCUAGAGACCUUUCAACCACUCUAGGUGUUGCUAUUCUUGACGGCAUUUCAGCCCUUUACUCAAAACUUCUCAACAAACCUCUCCAACAUUCACCAAUCCUUCAAACUAUCUCUACUACCCUUGCACUACCACAGCCUCACCCAAAUCGAACUUGUCCAGCUUUUGUCAUCCUUCUCAUCAUCCAACACUUGUUAGCACAUAAUAAUGAUAAUCUCUGGCUAGCAAUGGCUGUGGCUACAGCUUACCAGCUUAACAUGCACCUCCCACCCCAUCGUCUAGCACCUCCACUUGAUACGGAUGAUGAUGAUGAUGAUGAUGAUGAUGAUGAUGAUGACGAAAGCUUAAUAUUAUCCAGUGAUACAGACAGUAGUGACGAUGACUAUUCAACAAGAUCUUUACUGGGCUCUACAGAUGACCUUCACAAACGUCUUUUUCAUGUUCUUAUUCUUCUCGACACUAUGCAUUCGUCUUUGACUCACAUCCCAGGUCUUAUCCCUGCUUCACUUGUCUACGCCACAGAUUCAGAUGCUGUUGCUCGUGUUUGUGUUCUUUUUAAACGAGCUCUUGACCAGCCCUCACACGGUCUUAUGGAUGACUUGCUGCGUGCACGUACUUCUCUGGAACGUACUUGGGACACGGCUCCAGCUCUCAAGGGCUUGUUUCUAUGCGCACAGGCUGCAGCAGCUUCGGCCCCUAUUGAUUUAGCCGAGCCCCUGGCUGCUCUUGUUAGUCUUCUAGGGUCUCCUCUCAUGGCUGUAUCUCCACUGGCUCCGUUUUUCGCUCAAACUGCAGCUGCCCGAUUAUGUGUUCUUGCAGACCAUACCUCGGGACUCAUGAGGCCACAAGUGUCGGGGCUACUGGCUGCAUUGUUGGAUACUCGUGGAGGUGUCAUGCUGGACACGGCACCUAGAGAACGGGCACUACGGACGUUGGCUAACCUGCAGGCGGGUGCCAAAAAGGAAAAAGAAGAAAAGGAACAACAAGAUGAAGAAGAAGAAAAUGCCCGGAUUAAAGAUGAGGAAGGUAUUGCAGGGAUGCGGUCUUUGUCGCCGUUGAGCGGUGUAGGUUCUAUGGGCCAGUCAUCAUCCUCAGCCUUGGACCGGCUUGCAAGUCUUGCAGAGAAGGUUCAAGUGUGA